ACAAGAAUACUGAAACAAUUCACAGAGUUAGGGAACAACAACAACAACAAAUCAGGCACAUGAAGGCAUAGAAUGAUACAAGAGCAAAAUAAAUGUAAGCCAGAGUCUAUCUGUUUACAGUUAACAAGAUAUUUUAACAUCAGUAGCCUAUACAGUUUGUCUAUCUUAUUGUCAUCUUGGAAUCAGACUUUUUUUUUCAACAAAAUUGAGCAGAAAUCUUCCUUUCUUCUUGUACCAUACAAAUAAAACGGUAAAAGCGUUCUAAUAAUAAUAAUGAUAGUCAAAUAAUAGCCUAAUUCUCUAUACAAUAGUAUGGGACGCACACUUCAAGUUAUCAAGGGGCUUCAUAGAGCAAAAUGUGGUCUGUGGUCAGUUGUAUAGCCUACAUUAUGUUUCAUCAAUACAAGGUGUUCUGAAGAUCGCAAUACAAUUCUGUCAAUCAGCGUGACGUGGAUGAACCACGGGGUUGAAGACAGCCUAUAUAAAGACAACUGACAUCAGCCCCCGCGCCAAAGACAAGCUUGAGCAAGCCUUUAAAACGUCAGAUCACAGUUUGUGCUCACUUUGUUGCGCGACACCAUCCCAAAACGAUGGAAAUGGGCAGCAUGUCAACCAGCGCACAGAGCUCCUCCAUCCGCACUUCUAUUCAGCACCAGCUCAGCCGCUCCCAGCCAGAUGGCCCCCAGUUUCAUGGAAAUAGGGACGGGCCGUGCGCCGGAUCUUCCAAAGUCGUAAUGGCAUACAAAAACGCAUCGCAGCACCUGAGUUCGUCGGGAAUUAAAGCGGGGUUAGGGUUACUCAAAGUGGCCACGUCUCAGUGGAAACAAGACAAGACGCGCUCAGGGACAACCGUGAGGCAACUGACAACUGCCAACAGCAGCCUUACCUGCAAGAGAUCCCCACUGGAUCAGCUGGCGGCUCUGGUUCUUCACGGUCAAAGCCGACACCGCCAAAUUGUCCAAGAGCACCGACAAGACCCGCUACACUCCACCAAGCCGCAGAACUGUAAGCGCAUCGUGGUUCUUGGUGCGCCACGGGUCGGCAAGACCUCCAUCCUAAGAAGAUACCUUCGGGAUGGAUUUGUGGAGGAGUACAAUCCCACCUCCGAGGAUUUCCUUAGGAAACUCUUUCGUAUCCGUGGGGAGACCUACCAAAUUGACAUCCUGGACGCGUCAAGGGAGAGGGACUUCCCAGCCAAGCGACGACUGUCUAUCCUUACUGGGGACGUUUUUCUUCUAGUUUUCAGUGUAGACGACCGGAGCUCUUUCGAGGAGGUGUGCGCCCUGCGAACAGAGAUUCUGGCUGCUAAAUCCAAACUCACCAAAUCCUCCGCGCAGGAUCAGUGCGCACAGCCGCAGGUUCCCCUGGUGGUCUGCGCCAACAAGGUGGAUCUCCUGGAGUCUGAGAGAGAAAUAUCUAAGGCAGAGGUGCUCCAAAUGCUCGGUGAUGACUGUUCAUUUUUUGAAACGUCCGCAAAGGACAGCACUAAUUUGGAGAAAGUCUUCGAGACUUUAGCAAAGCGAGGUGGGCUCCCGACUGAAACUGGCCCGUCUCAGCACCGCAAAGUAUCCCUCCGGUCGUAUCAGGCAAUGCGGACAGGCCGUGUGCCGGGGAGGGGCAGCCAGACGCCGGGGCGUGAUGACGCCUGUGGCGCCCUGUACCCACUGGCCCGUCGGCCGAGUUUUAGCACGGAUCUCCGACAAGUAAUUGGGCCACAAACUGCACGAAAGACCGGCAAAGCACUGGAAAAAUGUCAGAUUCAGUGAGAGACAAAUAGACUGAUAAGACAACGUAUAAAGUACUUAUAUCCAUUUAAUAUGAAUGCCUACUUGUAUAAUUAGGCUAC